AUGAUGGAGUUGAUGGCAUCGGAGACAGACCCGCAGCUAUUCUAUCAUUGUGUUGUGGGUGCGGGAACCCUCUUAACUGACGGCGUGACGCUGCAGCAGCUGAAGCAGCAGCUGCAGCAGCUGCAGCAGCUGCAGCAGCUGCUGCCGCCCCUCAACGAACGUGUAUACCCGGACGUCCCCCUUGGCGAGGCCACACAAGAGCUUCUUAACCUGAUUGCUUGA